CUCACUGUGUAGUUCAGACUGGGCUGUAGGCUGACCUCCAACUGGCUGUAAUCCUCCUUACUCCUGCCUCAGCCUCCCAAUUACAAGUGCGCCUCCACACCCAGCCUAAAGCUCAGUCUUUUCCAUCUUCUGACUGGUUUUUAUAACCCGCAGUUGUUGGAAUAACAAAGAGAAUGAAAGAAGUAGAUAAUCUUGAAAGUAUAAAAGAAGAAUGGGUUUGUGAAACAGGACCUGGCAAUCACCCACUUAGUGAUACUCGACAAAGGAAUUGUGAAUAUUUUGUUGACAGCCUUUUUGAGGAAGCUCAGAAGAUCGGCGCCAAAUGCUUAUCCUCCGCUGAACAGAAGAAACAGGUAGAUGUAAAUAUAAAAUUAUGGAAAAAUGGAUUCACAGUCAACGAUGACUUUAGAAGUUAUUCUGAUGGUGCAAGUCAGCAGUUUCUGAACUCCAUCAAGAAGGGGGAAUUGCCUUCAGAAUUACAGGGAAUUUUUGAUAAAGAGGAGGUGGAUGUUAAAGUCGAAGAUAAGAAAACUGAAGUAUGUAUGUCCACAAAGCCUGCAUUCCAGCCCUUCUCUGGGCAGGGGCACAGACUGGGAAGUGCCACACCAAAAAUUGUUUCUAAAACAAAGACUGUUGAAGUUGAAAGCAAAAAUAAUUUGUCUGCUGUUGCACUGAAUAACUUGGAGCCCAUGACUAAUAUACAGAUAUGGCUAGCCAAUGGGAAAAGGAUCGUCCAGAAAUUUAACAUUUCUCAUAGGGUUAGCCACAUCAGAGACUUCAUUGAGAAACACCACGGCUCUCCGAGCAGCCCGCCCUUCGCCCUGGCGACAGCGCUGCCUCUCCUCAGGUCGCUGGAUGAGACGCUCACUCUGGAAGAAGCAGAUCUACGGAACGCCGUGAUCAUUCAGAGACUCAGGAGCACUGCCCAGCCCUUUAGAGAGCUUCCCUAGCAGUUUGGAGCCUGCAGACGCAGAGACGUGGAUGCAAGUGGGUGCACAGAACUGGGCGACUUGUGAUGUAGUAGGCACGGUGUCGCUGAGCUGGAUCCCCAGCUGACCUGUGCUCCUUAGUUCUCUCCUGGUGUGGAGAUGUUUUUCUCUCAGUACCAGGGAUCAAACUGAGGACCUUGGGCUUGCAAGGCAGGCGCGGUGAUGCUGAGCUAAUUCCGGGACAACAAGGGGAUUGCUAAUAAUUAAAAGUUAGGAAAGUAACAUAUGGCUGGAAGCUGUAUUUGUCACUUUUUUCCAAAAGGCUACUCAGAAAAAAAAUAACAUAAAAUAUAUUAACUGUAUCUUUUAGAAUCUUACCAUGGGCUGGCCAUGGUGGUGCACACCUGUAAUCCCAGCACUUGGGAGGCUGAGGCAGGAGGAUCGCUGU